AGUUGGUGAACUUGAGAGGUUGUUCCGCAAUAUUCACAUGGUGUAGCUGGACUGUGUGUAACAUCGACGCUGCUUUUUGUCCACUCUAAAGAAGAAAACUAUGGCAACGGCAGGGAAGGUGAUCAAAUGCAAGGCAGCGGUGGCCUGGGAGGCAGGAAAACCCCUGUCCAUAGAAGAGGUGGAGGUGGCUCCACCCAAGGCCCACGAAGUCCGCAUCAAGAUCCACUUCACUGCGGUGUGCCACACGGAUGCGUACACUCUGAGUGGGGCCGAUCCUGAGGGCCUAUUCCCCGUCGUCCUGGGCCACGAGGGGGCCGGCACCGUGGAGAGUGUGGGGGAGGGCGUCACCAACUUCAAACCAGGUGAUGCUGUAAUUCCUCUGUACGUACCUCAAUGUGGAGAGUGCAAGUUCUGUAGAAACCCAAAGACAAACCUAUGCCAGAAAAUCAGAAUCACCCAGGGUAGGGGCGUGAUGCCUGACAACACCCCCCGCUUCACCUGCAAGGGCAAGCAGUUGUAUCAUUUCAUGGGGACCAGCACUUUCUCCGAAUACACCGUGGUGGCUGACAUCUCCCUGGCCAAAGUGGAAGAGAAGGCCCCCUUGGAUAAAGUCUGCCUGCUGGGCUGUGGCAUCUCCACCGGCUACGGAGCAGCAAUCAACACAGCUGGGGUUGAGCCUGGAACCACAUGUGCAGUGUUUGGUCUGGGUGCUGUUGGCCUGGCUGUCAUUAUGGGCUGCAAAGUAGCAGGUGCAACAAGGAUCAUCGGCGUCGACCUUAACCCCUCAAAAUUCGAAAGCGCCAAAAGCUUUGGAGCCACCGAGUGUGUGAACCCCAAAGACCACAGCAAGCCCAUCCAGGAGGUGCUGGUGGAGAUGACUGACGGGGGGUUGGACUACACCUUUGAGUGCAUCGGCAACGUUGGAGUGAUGAGGGCUGCCCUGGAGGCCUGUCAUAAGGGCUGGGGCACCAGUGUCAUCCUGGGAGUUGCAGGGGCCGGACAGGAGAUCGCCACCAGGCCAUUCCAGCUGGUCACCGGGCGCACAUGGAAAGGGUCCGCAUUUGGAGGCUGGAAGAGUGUGGACAGUGUCCCGAGGCUUGUGAAUGACUACAUGACCAAGAAACUGAAAGUUGACGAGUUUAUCACACACACACUGCCCUUCGACCAGAUUAAUGAGGCCUUUGAUCUCAUGCACCGUGGAGAGAGUCUGCGUGCUGUGCUGAAUUUCUGAAGAAUGCAACAGUGACACUGCCUGCCAUCAACCUCACAAUUCUUUGGCCAGUAUCUAGUAGGCUAUCUUGACAGUUAAAAUGUUAUUAUAGCCUUGCUGAUUGUAUCAUGUCUGCUGGUUUUUCAAUAACUAUUAAACAACAGUGCAUUUUGA